UGAACGGAGUGCGCGUUGGGCCUUCGUUCCUCCGCCGCUUUCCUUUCUCCGCUCCGCUCUCGGCCUUUCUCCUAUCGGGCUGGGACGACAAGGCGAGGAGCCACCCUUCAUCCUUGGCCUGAUCUUCGUCGGGCGGCGGCGACGAGCAUCUGACAGAAUCCUGUCUCCAGGCGCUGUAGAGGAUAUUCCAUUUCCUUCAGUUCUUGGAUAGGAAUGGAAAAUGAAUUUCCUGAUGAGGUUCUCAAGUCUGUUUUCCCAUUAUUGGAUGGGAAAGAUCUAGUCUUUUGCAUGCUUGUAUGCCGUCAGUGGCGUGACAUUGCAAAGGAUGAUUACUUCUGGAAAUGCAUUUGCUCACGAAAGUGGCCGUCCAUUUGCAAACAGCCUCCUUCUGAUGCAAACUACAAGAAGCUUUAUUUAACCUUCUCCCAGCCACCAACAAUGCAGCACCUUCCUGUACCAAGGCUCACGUUUGAGGAUCUUGUUUUUUAUAUCGAUAUGUGGCUUGAGGGAUCCCUCAUCUUUUCUCAAGCAAUUUCAGGUUGCACCCUUCGAGCAGGCCUACAGUGCACUCCUCGCGGCAUCCCAGAUAUACUUGCAGCACAUUUGAAGUCCCUAGACUGCAUCAUGAUGUUGGAAGUUGAACCCAGGUUAUCAAUCCCUAUGGGACCAGCCAUCACUGUAUCUGUUCUUGCCCACCGCAAGGAUUCCAAUAAGAUGGCUUGCAUCAUUAACAAGUCAACCUUCGAUUACAUCGACAGUAAUGCUGCUCGCGCACUGGCAUACGAGUAUCUCAGGUUUUCACCCAGACACCCAUUCAUAUCAGACAUCCGGGCAUGGAUGUCCUUGCUUUUCCUGUACAAAGGAGACAACGUCGUCGAGGUAUUUGGUAUCGAGCUAGAUUUCUGCGACGCUGCGAGGUCAGAAACUGAAAUCCUAUGGCUUUUGGAUAUGCUUGAUUGGAAAUAGAAGGACUUGUGACUCAACAAAUGUAAAGAAUGUUCGUGAUUAGUUGAUCUUUUCCUGUUGGGAGCAUGUAUGCUACUGAACUACAAUCUUCUGGGCAGUUUGAAUAAAUGGCACCUGCUACUCCAUGUGCUAGCUGGGCGCAGUUGUUUCGUAGUUUCUGUCCCCUGAAAUUGUUGUCCAUCUUCACAUCAUCCAUGCAAAUGUUCGAAGCAUGUCUUGUACC